AUUCUUGCUAUUCUCAAAACACAAAUGAUUCGUAUCAACUGGGUGCUGGUUUUUGUCAUCGGUGCAACUUGUACGGGUCAGGGCGCCAUGCCCGGUGAACCUAACACGACAACCUUUCUCAAUAUUUGUUCCAUACUGGAACGCGGCAAUCCCCGACUAGUAGUGGACUAUAAUCGCAUUGGAGCAGCUAUGGAUUUGGCUUUGAAAGUCGUAAAUGAGGAAAUUUUACCACCGGAAGUCCAACUGCGAAAGCUGUACAAAGAUGGUGGCAAAGCUUGUUCACCAAAGAAUUUGGCAAUUUCGCACAUUAUUGAAUGGGCUCACGAGAAUGUUUAUUGUAACAUAUUCAUCGGGCCAGGAUGUACGCAUGCAGUCUUGGACAUGUACCAAGCCGCAGAAAGCCUGAAAAUCCCAUUAAUCGCAGCGCCUGGUGCAUUUGUAUCGGGUUUAUCUGGAGUUCCACGAAAUGGUUUCCCCAAUAUGAUCCGCACAACGUACACGUUUGUUGACCUGGGAAAAUGUCUGUUGAAAUUUAUGAAUCUGUUUAAUUACACCCACAAUUCGGUUAUUGUCGACGUUGCCGAUCCGUUCUUCUCGGAGAUGGGCGAGAGCUUCCGUAUUCAGUAUAAGGCCGAGCCGCUUAUCACACGAAAGAACACCACAUUUCUGGAUCUUACUGUGGAAUUCCGUACGCAGGCAGAAUACAGACGACAUUUGGAUUCACUGCUGUCACAAGCAAACCGUGUCUCUAGAGUGAUAAUGAUUUUUGCUAAUUCGACUAUCAUCCGGGAUCUUUUGAUUAUUGCGAAUCACAAGGGAAUGACGCAAGGUCAACAUGUAUAUAUGGGUGUGGAAAUGUAUAAAAGUAGGAUAUGGGGAACAUACACUUGGCAAUUCAACGAUUUCGGCGAUAUGUCGGCGCGUACUGCUUACCAGUCCCUAAUUAUUGCUUCCAUGGCGGAAGUAAAUGGCCCGCAAAUGGAUGAAUUUGCCCGAAUGCUGAGGAAACUGGCCUUGAAAAAAUAUAACUACACUUUUGGAGCAUUUGAACGCGUUGACCCCGUCGUAAUGGCUUAUUACGAUGCCGUCACCCUCUACGGAACUGCUAUCAAUACACUCAUUAACGGAGGUGCUACGCAGAACAUAACGGAUUUGAAUUCAUUGAUAAAAUCCAUGCGAAACAUAACAAUUCCCAGCAACCUGCAAGCCAACAUCGAUAUCGGGGCUAAUGGAGAUCGAAUGGUCCUGUAUGAAAUUAAGCAUUUUCCGCAAGAUGUAUCGACCGGAACUGCCAUUUCCGCUUCUCCGUUUCUACGACUUGAUUUCGUGAAUAACGAAUUUACUUCGUUGGGUGUUCUGAGCUGGCCACAACCGGAUGGGUCUUUCGGCACCCAGCUUCCGCCCAACAGCCCACCGUGUGGAUUUUUGAACUCAGAAUGCAAAGAAGAGCAAAUGAAUUACUCCGGGUUGGUUUCUGCGGCGAUAAUUAUUCCACUGUUGUUAAUAAUAAGUGGGACCGUUGCAGGAUUCGUCUUUUAUCGCCGCCUUAAUUACGUCCGCGAUCCAUAUUGGUGGCGAUAUUUCGUGAAUGACCUUGAGUUUACAUCCACCGCUUCUGGUCCCAGAAGCCAUUCAGCCAAGAGUAUGCAGAGCAAAGUGUCUUCCAUUAAGCAAUCAGAGACAGUGUACAUAAUUUCCACGUGGAAGACGGCGUUUCUCCAUGGCAGUAUGGUCAGCAUAAACCCUGUUCCAGACAGAACCUACCAUCCGACAGCGCCGCUGUUGCAAGAUUUGGAACGGUUGAGGUUAUUACGCCACCAAAAUCUGCAACGAUUUAUCGGGUUAUGUAUUGAAGAGUCCACUCACAAUGGCUGGAUAUUGUAUAUAAUCGGCGAAUGCUGUACUAAAGGAUGUCUACAGGACAUCUUGAAUAAGAAAAAAAUGAAGUUGGAUUGGAGUUUCCGGUUUUCCUUCAUAAAAGAUAUUGUCGAGGGAAUUUGGUAUCUCCAUUCAACAUCGGUACAAUCUCAUGGCUACCUUACAUCAAAGACAAUUCUAAUCGACGGACGGUUUGUGGUAAAGCUGUCAGAAUUCGGUCUCGCAAAACUGCAAAAUCCUCAAGAACGAGAAGCGUUUCUGUGGAUGGAUGAAAAUUGCGACGACGAAGUUGUGCAAAGUUUACUGUGGAGAGCCCCUGAACUGCUCAAAAUUAAAAUGCCUGAAAACGGAACACAGAAAGGUACGCAAGAAAUGUGCAUCCAGCUUAAUACCUUCUGUUACACUUACCGCUGUUGACAAUACGGGGAAAGGAAAAAGGUCAAUCCUUCUGCAGGUGACAUAUAUAGUUUCGCAAUAGUUCUCCAGCAGAUCAUUCUGCGCACGGACCCUUAUAUCGCUAGCGAACAGGAUUUGGAAGAAUACAGCAUAAGCAGAGCGCAGGAAAUA